AUGGGGCUUUUGGAUAAGGAAUGGGACGUCGACUACGUCCCUGGCGUCAAGCUCGGCCUCCACAUAAUGCAGAUCAUAUGUGGCUUCGUGAUAUUUAUCCUCGAGAUCAUACUAUUCAAGUCGGAAAACGCAAAGAUAAACAGCAACAAUGGCUGGACAUUUGGGCUGUGCUUCCUGUCCGUACCUGCCUGGAUCUUCCUAGUCAUGACCCCCCGAUUCGAGCGAACACGAAGGCUUGCUCAACCCCACGCCAUGGCGGUAGUUGACGUCGUUUUCGCCAUCUUCUGGCUCUCAGGCUUUGCCAGCCAAGCAGCAUACAACACGGCUAACUCCUGCGGCAAGGGCUGCAAGGUAUCCAAGGCCAUCGUCGGCACAGCGUUCUUCCAGAUCGUCUUUUGGGCCGGCACUUCCUUCCUCAGCCUCUACACGGUGAAGUACUACCAGUUCAACGGAAGCCUCCCGGGCUACGACAAGCUUGGCGCGGGCAAGCCGCACGAGAACAUCGACCCAGAUAAGGCAGCGUUUUCGAUGGCGCCCCACGACGAGGAGUCGUACGCCCGAAUCAACGUAGAUGACCACGAUCCCGACGAUCACGACACCCCCUACAAUGCUGAUGCGUACGGCUCUCAGAGCUCGCGCCCCAUGUUCGACAGCGAGACCGAGUAUCGGCCACACAGCGUGUCGCCGGCUCCUCCCUCGGAAACCCCGUUCGACGGCAGCUACCGCGCGCACGGUACCCCGUCGCCGCUCAAUGACCCGUACAGCUCUGGCUACGGCUCCGCACCUGAUGCCGCUCCUCAACUCUACGCGCCACCUGCUACUGGGCCGGAGUACAGUGAUAGUCCGGCGCACUUCCCGGUUGCCAACUAUGACCGAACACUGCACUAA